GCAGCAGAGCGGGGCCGGUCCCGGUGCUGUCCCCGCCCCGCUCCGCAGUGCUGCCUCCGGAGCUGCUGCGCCGAGCCCAGCCCAGCGCGGGGGGACAGCCCGGGGCUGCCGCGGCCCCCGGCCUGGCCAGACCCCGGACCAGCCUGGCUGGAAGCAUCGAGUCACCGUCACCAGCAUCACUGCUGUCUGAGAGCCUGGGCAGAGGAGCAAAGUGAGUGACCUCCCUAGGGUGCAGAGUCGGUCCCCUGGGCCACCUGUGAUGACCAACACGGUAGUGGGUGGCAGCUCUGACCGGUGGAUGUGCCCUAGCGACAGGACCAUGUCUCUCCGAGCCAGCAGCGAGAAGGAGCAGCUCCCAGCGGGCUGGACAGCGCGGGGUGGCCAGCCCGACCGGCAGAGGAAGGGUGAGGAGCUGACAGAUGAAGAGAAGGAGAUCAUCAACCGAGUCAUCGCCCGUGCCGAGAAGAUGGAGGAGAUGGAGCAGGAGCGCAUCGGGCGGCUGAUGACGCGGCUGGAGGACAUGCGGCGCAGCAUGCUGGGGGAUGGGGUGAACCGCUGCAUCCUCUGCGGGGAGCAGCUGGGGCCACGGGGCUCUGCCUGUGUCGUCUGUGAGGACUGCAAGAAGAAUGUCUGCACCAAGUGUGGGGUGCAGACCACCAACAACCGGCCCCACACUAUCUGGCUCUGCAAGAUCUGCAGCGAGCAGCGAGAGGUGUGGAAGCGCUCUGGUGCCUGGUUCUUCAAGGGCUUGCCCAAGCAGAUGCUGCCCCAGCCGAUGCCUGUCAGCAAGAACAAGGGACCCCAAGCCCCGAGUGAGCCCAGCCCGGCAGAGCCACCAGCCCAGGACCAAAAACUCCCCUCCCGUGCACCCACCCGAGACCAGGCAGACCCCAGGCCCCCAGCCGAGCAGGAUUCUGAUGGCAGCGAUGUGACAGCAGCUGCCCGGGGCAGCUCCGCGGUGCCCGGCCGCAAGCCAGCCGAGGGCAGAGCAGAUCCAUGUGGCAGUGAGGUCACCGAUGGGGGCACCGACAGCCGCGACUACGCUGCUGAGAGCGGCGUCAGCAGGAGCCCUGCGCUGAGGAGAACCAACUCCGUGCAAGGCUCGAGGCCGCCCCCACCAGCUGCUGCCAGCCCUGCUCCUGCUGCUGCUCCUGGUCCAGCAGCAUCCCCAGCAGCUCCAGCAGCAGCAAGACCAGGUCCUGGGGCAGCUGGCCGGUUCCCAGAGAGACAAGCGAGCCCACCACUGGGACCUUCAGAGCCAGCCCGUGCUGCUGCCAGGGAGGAGCGAGGAGGGGGCUAUGGUGUGCCCCCUGCCAGAGAGGAGAGGCCAGCCCGGCAGCCCCCUGCCUUCCAGCAGCCCCCAGCCGUCCCACCGGCACCCGCGGCCCCAGUGCGGCAGCAGCCCCAGCAGGAGGAAGAGGAAGAUGCCAACAGCUAUGACUCUGAUGAAGGCACCACGCUGGGAGCACUGGAGUUCAGCCUGCUCUAUGACCAGGAGAACAGCUCCCUCCACUGCACCCUCAUCAAGGCCAAAGGCUUAAAACCAAUGGACUCAAAUGGCCUGGCAGAUCCCUAUGUCAAGCUGCACCUCUUGCCUGGAGCCAGCAAGUCAAACAAGCUGAGGACGAAGACGCUGCGCAACACGCGCAACCCCGUGUGGAACGAGACCCUGGUGUACCACGGCAUCACGGACGAGGACAUGCAGAGGAAAACCCUCAGGAUCUCUGUGUGUGAUGAAGACAAAUUUGGCCACAAUGAGUUUAUUGGAGAAACCAGAGUUUCCUUGAAAAAGCUUAAAGCCAACCAGAAAAAGAACUUCAACAUCUGCUUGGAGAGAGUAAUACCAAUGAAGCGUGCUGGAACGAGCGGCGCGUCCCGCGGGAUGGCGCUGUACGAGGAGGAGGUAGAUCGCGGUGGGGAUGUGGAGGAACGUGGGAAGAUCCUCGUGUCCCUCAUGUACAGCACCCAGCAGGGAGGCCUGAUCGUGGGCAUCGUGCGCUGCGUGCACUUGGCGGCCAUGGAUGCCAACGGCUACUCGGACCCCUUCGUGAAGCUUUGGCUGAAACCUGACAUGGGAAAAAAAGCCAAGCACAAGACACAGAUUAAGAAGAAGACCUUGAAUCCUGAGUUUAACGAGGAGUUCUUCUAUGACAUAAAACACAACGACCUGGCCAAGAAGUCACUGGACAUUUCUGUCUGGGAUUAUGACAUUGGAAAAUCCAAUGACUACAUCGGUGGCUGUCAGCUUGGCAUCACGGCGAAGGGGGAGCGCUUGAAACACUGGUAUGAAUGUUUGAAGAACAAGGACAAGAAGAUCGAACGCUGGCACACCCUCCAGAACGAGAACCACGUUGCCAGUGAUUAAAAGGAGCUGCUGCCCAAACCUCCCCAAGUAGCCCCUCCUCUGCCCAGCCCCCGUAGGUGCCCUGAUGUCCGUCUUCCAGCGCAGCCAUGCCUUGCUACACGCCUCCGCUCGCGGGGCAGCGACCUUCUUCUGUCUUCUCCAAGCAUCCUCUGUGCUCCUUAUCUCCACCUGAAAACUAACCCAGAUCUUUUGUAUUCACUCCCUUUCGUUUGUCUGGGGUUUGGGUUUGGCUUUUUUUGGAGGGGGGGGGGGGGCAGUUGGGUUAUCUUUGUGGGGGAGUCACUGACUUAUCCUGGUGUGUAGUUCUGCCAAGCAAUAGUUGCCCUCUGACUGUUCCUCCUUCUCACUAGUCUCACGCACGCCAUGGUAGCGUUCCCGUUGUGUGUGUGAUGCUCUGUGUUCCUCCAGCCUCUCUGCUCCUGUGGCUCUUCCCUUGGCCACCAGCUUGUGGCACCCGGAUCUGCCAGUGGGGUGCACGGCCACCAGCCUGGCUGUGCUCUCAUCCAGCGCUGGGGUGGGUUUGAGCCCUGGCGGUGGGAGCUCGUUCUGCUUGCGUGGUAUCAAUACCUCAAAGCUCUUUGGCUUCGGUGUGGGUCGUGGCCGUAGCCUGGUAUCUGUGUUGUCAUGAUUAGGCUAAAGCCUGUGUCACUGAUGUAACCCUGCUUGAGCUUUACUUCUGGUCUGGUACACCCCAGCAAUAUUGUGACACGUCCCUUGCCGAGAAGAUCCACCUCUAAUACACUAAGGGCAAACAGGAGCCACUCUGCUCGCAGGGAAGCAGAGAUUUGGGUUGGUUUGUGUUUCUUGCUGUAGGAGCCCACUCAUGUUUCAAGCUUGUGACUACCUCCUCUUCACCUCCUAGCUGCGAAGUAGUGACUAGCUGGACCCCCCCCAGGGCAGUUCCUUGGUCCUCCUCAGACUGUCCUUUCUGUUUUCCAUACCACAUGCAGGAGGGAAGCUGAAGGAGAAGACACUUCCCACCAACAAGCUGAUGCGUGCAAGGAUCAUUGCUUUACAAUGCCACAAGGACUGAAAUGAGCUGGAGCAGUUAGAGGCCUUCCAGACUUUGGGUUGGUUUGGGUCUGUUUGAAAUCUGCACAAGAAGCAUUGUCUCCAGCCUGCACUGUAAGGAUCAUCAGGAGAUGUUUGGUGUGUUCACAGUAGCAGGAGAGAGCUGCUCUCAGGCUUGGUGCUGAUCAGGUUGGGUUAUCAUUGGCUGUCUCUGGACAACCUCAAGGGUAGAGGUGUCACUGGUAGCACAAUAAGCACAUCUGGAAUAGAUCAUUGGUCAGCUACAGCCUGCGCAUGUUGUGUCACCCCUGGGCCCCUGCCCCCUGGCCCAUCACUGCCCCUGCAACCCCUGCUGUGGUCUGCUGGCCUGUGGCGUGGCCUCAAUGCAGCUGUACUGCAGAGCUUGCUCUCUGGAAUUGGAUGAGUUGUUGUCCUCUUCUUGAUUAUUUCCCCACCAUCUCCCCCACUCUUCCCCCAGCAGAACUUGCUCUGAGUGCUGACUUGUGGCGAGCACCUCUGCAGGGCUGCCUGACGUUCAUGUUGCUGCGUGAUGUCCACACUGCUGUGUGAUCCUGCUGCUGCAGAGCAGCCCUUCCCCAGCCCAGCUCAGACUUCCCAUGUACCAGCUGGUACUUCUUCCUCCCUCCAGCCCCAGCUGGGUGCUGCAAGCUCUUUGUUGCUAACUUUCCACUAGGAGCCACCCUUGGACCUAGUAAUCAGGUGGAGAAACCUAAAGCAGCAUAUGCGUCCUCUGCUCCAUCACCCUAGACUUUCUCCAGUGGUGUGGCUGCCAAGAUGGGAGCUGCUCAGAUUGCAGUGCAUGGAAGUGUGCAGUGGGAGAGGACACUCUGAAGUGGCUUUCCCCUCCUUUUCCUGAAGGUCUUUAUUCUGCAUGAGUGAGUGCAAUGUCCAAGAGCCCCUGAGCUAUGUUACCCUCACUGUAAGCUGCAUGAAGGACCCAGGUGGGAAUGACUUGGUUCUUUUGGAUCAUUUCCUUCUGCAUCCCGUGCUCCUCGGUGCAGCUGUUCCCAAAUCCUCACUGCUCUGGACAGAGUGGGUUUGGCAGUAGGAUGGUGUCAUCCUUCCAGAGUGGUGGACCUGCUCAAAACCUUUGCUGGCCCUUCUCUAACCUCUUGGAGCAGGAGUUAGUCACUGUGUCCUUCUGAGCUGUGCUGGAGAAAUGGUUUACCUUUUAAAAGCAACCCCAAAUCUGACCCCUGCAGCAGCCCAGCCUCUUUUCUGUGUGUGCAGGUUGCCUUUCCCCCCCUCCUGUCUUGCCCUUCUCUCUUCAGCCUGCUUUCCCUUCAGCCAAGCAAUGCUCACAUCCUCUCUUUGCACCCAUGAACUGAAAGCAACACAACCUACUGCUCUCCCUUGUCCCAACUCAUCUUUCUUUGUCUCCAUUUGUGCCACCACCUUCUUCCUUGCUGCUUGCUUUCCUUUUUGUUUGUUUGUGUCUGCUGGUAAUCUCUGCCCUGAAUGCCUCCUUUUGCAUUGUAAAUAAAGCAUGCAGAUACAGAUUGGGAAUGGUGCAAGGAAAUCCUAACAACCACCACCACAACAAAUAACAAUAAUAAGAAAUAGGAGGGGGAAAAAAAAGGAGGGGGGGGAAACAAUGCAAAAAAAAAUCCUCUUCUACUGCUGUUUGCAUUCUGAGUUGCAUGCAGUGAUUUUACAGCAAAAUAAUCUGUUGACAACUCUUAAGAGACAAAGAAAAUGUUGCACAGGAACUAGAAACCCUCCAGUCUUCCGCUGCAUGCAGCACAACAUCCUCUCUUGGUGUGGUAUCUAAUAAACUGAGACUAUUGGAAAAGGACAAAAAAAACCCCAAAGCCUAAA